AUGACUCCUCCUCCUCCUCCUCCCCCUCACAAUCCGAAUCAACGUGUACCGUGAGUAACCGCUUCCGAUUGUUUCGAUGUUUGAAUCUAGCCGAGUUUAGAACGCACAUCCGCGUGAUAACGAGACAUUGGAUCGAGGGGAACUGGAGAUGCAACCGGGCCAACUACCCGCAUCACUUCACACUCGACAUGCUCCGCGAUCAUCUUUCCGAGCACAAUGCGCACGGUGACGAACCGAAUCUGCUGUUGCUCUGCGCGACAGCGGACGGCGAGAAAGAGAGCACGCUUCUGGAAUUGGCUGUCGACGGGCAAGUCGAGGUCGAGUUGGUGUACCUUCCGAAAAUGAGAUACGAGGAGAAGGCGUGGAUCGCGGCGAUCGAGCAACGAGAGACGAUUCUGGAGAUUAAGAGGAACGUGGACGAGACGCAGAACAAGACGGAGGCGACGAGGGAGUCUUACGUGCCGUGCAGGAAAGAGUUUUUGGAAAUUGCCUCCGUAAGUUCUCGACAAUUGUAGUUCUCCUAGUUCUCGAACUUUAACUACUUUCAGUUUUGGCCAAUCUUCCCGUUCAACAAAAAGUUGAGCCAGUGGGCGCAGAAACUCGACGUCGACGAAAAAGAUUUUAAAGAGAUGAACCUCUUCCAAAUCGCUCAUCUUGUCAUCAGUACGGACAGGAAAAGCAAGCAGAAGACUCGAGUGAGUUCAUUUUUCGCCUUUUUUUUUACCGAGUAUCAAAGUUUGAAGUCUGCAGGCGGGAUCCCUGUGGAAAGAGCUUGUGGAGCUUGUGAAAGCAAAAGAUGCUGCACAAACGAAAGAGUUUAUCGCGAAGAACUGGCAGAUGAAGAUCGGAAACUAUACGAGCCAAUACGUGGUGAAUGCGCCGGAAGUUCGGGCGGAUCACAAACUUCUGUGGACCGGCCUGCCGCAGGGACCGAACAACAAAAUGAACAGUCUCGUUGCGAUUAACGCCGUCCACGAGUACCGAAUGCUCGCCGUCCUCCUCAAAACGCCUCCGCAAUGCUUCCUCGAACCGUACUACGAGGCGAAAACGUCUCCACCGCCGGGAACAAGGAUCUCCUACCGGCACUACUGUCUGCUCCAUUCGCGAUGGGCUUGCGACAGUCUCGGAGGCCGAAUCAAUGAAUUGAGUGCGGCGGAACAGCAAAAGUUGUUCGACAUAAGCUUGACAAUGGAUACGGAUGAGCCGGAAUCCUGGCACGAUAUGUUCGUGCUCCUUUUUCCUUGA